AUGGCUUUGAUCCCCGCCAUCAACGCCAACAACUUAGACACUGUUAAGGAGUUGCUUCAAGAGGGUACUAAUCCAAAUGUGUAUGAGGUGUUUGGACGAAAAACUCCCCUCAUAGUAGCUGCGGAAAACAAUUGUCAUGAGGUGAUGCAUGAAUUGUUGAAACACAAAGUCUCAGUUGGUCAUGCGGAUAGGUGGGGCAACACCGCCCUCCACUAUGCAGCUGGCAAAGGAUAUUUGCGUUGUGUGAUACUUCUUCUGCUUCAUCACAGUCCUGUGGAUGUUUUCAAUCGUCGACUUCACACCCCACUAAUGCGAGCAGCUAUGAAAGGUCAUGAGGAGGUUGUUCGUCACUUGCUUAACAAUCAUGCCACUUUUACUUCUCAAUUGAAUGAAAAGAAGGAAACCGCCUUAACACUGGGAUGCCGAUCGGGCAAUGUGGAAGUGGUGCAACUUCUCUUGGAUCGUGCAUCCCCCCUAGAGGAUCGAAGUGCGGAGCUUUAUUACGGACUUCGAGAGGCUGUGGCAUUGAGUCAUGCAGAGGUGGUGAAAGUGCUGCUUCAACAUGGAUCCGAUGUCAAUCACUCCGAUGACACCACUUCACCAGUCAUUUUUCUAGCUGUCACCUCCGGUACGGUGGCCAUUUUAAACCUUCUCAUAGCUGAAGGAGCAGACCUCGAGAAGGUGAAUGCACAAGGCUACACCCCCCUCAUGAAAGCCACAGCCAUGGGGAGGAAAGACAUGGUUGAUGCCUUGUUGGCUGCUGGUAUGCUGUUGGAGUUUCAAAAUCAUUCGCUUUACAUGUUCAUGCUUUUUACAGGCGCUAAUGCAAAAGCUCGACGAAGAGGCCGUAGCGAGACGGCUUUGACGAUUGCCAAAAAAGAGGGUCAAAACGACAUUCUUAGGUUGAUUUUACGGGCUUUAAAACGGGAAGAGCCUUUAUAA